UUAAUUUAUAUUUAUAUUUUCGCUGGGUAGUUAGGGGUAACGCUUUUGUGCAUUCCGUUUACCGCUCCGUUCGAGAAGUAGAAGAAGGAUCUCUCUAUCUCUUUGCUUUUUCCCUCGCCGCACUCACUGCUCAUCGCCAUGUCUCAGGUUGAUAACAGAAAUUCCUCAGCUGCUAAGCGUGCCAGGACUGAUGGUAGCCGCAGGGAAGAUGAUUGGACAUGUCCCAGCUGUGGCAAUGUCAAUUUCUCUUUCAGGACAACCUGCAAUAUGCGUAACUGCACCCAACCAAGGCCUGCUGAUCAUAACUCUAAAUCUGCUGUGAAGCCUCUUCAAGCUCCACAGGCCUAUUCAGCUGCACCUCCUUAUAUAGGCUCCAAUGCCCCCCCUUCAAUAUAUCUUGGUGUCCCACCAUACGGGUCUUCUUUAUUCAAUGGAUCACCUGUUCCUCCCUAUGAGGUUCCAUUUUCUGGAGGAUCAGCGGCCUAUCACUACAAUUAUGGAGGCCGCCUUUCUGCUGGCAGUCCGUAUAGGCCACUGCAUCUAGCAGGACCGGCACCAUACGCAAGUGGAUCCAUGGUGGGAAAUGGUGGGAUCUAUGCCAUGCCUCAGUUAUUGGAUCGUUAUGGCCUCGGUGUCCCUAUUGGACCUGGAACAAUGGGCACUAGGCCAGGAUUUUUUCGCGAUGACAAGUCUCAGAAAAAGGGAGGAGAUGCAACUCGUGACAAUGAUUGGGCAUGCCCAAAAUGUGGCAACGUCAAUUUCUCAUUUAGAACUGUCUGCAACAUGAGAAAGUGCAACACUCCCAAGCCUGGAACCCCGGCCUCAAAGUCGGACAAGAACUCUAAGCAAAAGAUGCCCGAGGGAAGCUGGAAAUGUGAAAAAUGUAAUAACAUAAAUUACCCGUUCCGAACCAAGUGCAACAGACAGAAUUGUGGUGCUGACAAGCCAGCUGAGUCGGAUAAAUCUCCCUCAUCAUCUCCAGAUCAAAAUGACCAGUGAGUACUAGGACAUGUUUGAGGGUUGAGAAGGUCCAGAGUUGUCAUCCAGCAUUGCUCAAUUUGGGUGUCUGACAGUCAGUCUUGUCGUCCUCUAUGUUGCAGAAGUUGUCAAGUCACUCACCUUCUCAUUAUCUGUGUCAAUUUGUUGUAUUAACUGAAAUGGUAUUUGGUCUUUGUGGAUUAUUAUGAUGCACAUGUCAGCCAGCUUUCCUGGCAGAAAGGUUGUUGCGAGUUCCAGUUUUAAGUUUUGUUUUGGUUCUGAACUGUCUGCAUUUUAAGUAUAACUUGAGAUGAAUAGAUACAAACAGCAUUUUUGAA